GUUUAGAGCUGUUAGGAACCACAGAAAUAAUCUUGUUCAGAUCCCUCAGUUUACAGGUGAGAAAAGUCCCAGCUGGGUGAAGUGCGCUGUGGCCAAAUCUGCUAUGGCCAAAUCUGCUAGUACUGUAGUUAACAGCUGACCCUGAACCCGUGCCCUUGGAAGAGGCUGCUGGCCACCACUCAUUUUCACUAAAGAGGAAACAGGCUGAGAAAAAGAAGUGAUCCACCCAAUCAGCAAGCAUUUAUUAAUUGCCUACUAUAUGCUAGGCAUUGUGCCGGGCGGGGUGUGGGUAGGCAGGCACGCGGCCCCACUUCGGAAACAAGAGGAAGGCUACUGUUACGUGUAGACGGGCUUCGAGGCAGGUGACCCCGAGAGAGAAGGCUCCCCGCGGAAGGCGGGAUUUUAGCUGGGUCCAGAGGGCGGCCCGAGAGGCCACAAAACGCGGGGCUGGGCCUGGGGCCGCGCUCGCUCUGAGGCUGUUCUUGGGUGGGGGGGACCGCGGGAGGAGGCGAGUCAAACGCCCACAGAAACAAAGACGAGCUAAGCCCCAAUGGCCACAUCAAACUCCCGGCGCGUCCACGUGGGGAGGGGCGGGGCAGAGGCUCCGGUCCCCCGGGCCGAGUUUCUACGGAGGCCGACGAGGAAAGGGGCCCUCAGUACGAGAGGCUCGACCAUGCCGCCGUCCUCGGCGAUUUCCUGCCGGACCGGCGGACUGAAGCCGACCGGCGCCACGUGAUGCGGGGCGCGGCCUCUUUAAGAGGGGACUCUUCUCCCCCCCACCCCCCGCGUGCUCGCGCCCACGCUCGUGCCCGCCGGCUCCCGCCGCUGCCGCGUCUGCAUCGCUGCCGCCAUCAUGAUCUGCCUGGUGCUGACCAUCUUCGCCAACAUCUUCCCCUCAGCCUGGACCGGCCUGAACGAGCGGACCUUCCUGGCCAUCAAGCCCGAUGGCUUCCAGCGGCGCCUUGUGGGCGAGAUCAUCCGGCGCUUCGAGAAGAAGGGCUUCAAGCUGGUGGGGCUGAAGCUGGUGCAGAAACGUCAUUCAUGGCAGUGACUCGGUGGAGAGUGCCCGCCGCGAGAUUGCCCUCUGGUUCCGUGCAGAUGAGCUGCUCUGCUGGGAAGACAGCGCCGAUCGAUGGCUGUACGAGUAGUUGGCCCUGCGACAGCUUCCUUAGGGGUACGACUGGGAAGAAAGGGCAUUGCUUGUGCACCUGAACUUCCCUCCAGGUCCAUGACCAAACCCAUUCCUCCUCUUCAACUCCUAGUUUACAAACUGAGGCCUGAGUAAAAGGUUCUAUAGGAAAAUUCUCCCCAGGCUGGCUCCUGGGUUGCGUUGCCUUGCCUCUCAGAAGUAUCUCUGGGUGUGAGGAGGGGUUGGCUUUCUCCUGGUGAAAACAAUUACCUGGGAAUGGGGAGAUACCUGUGAGCUGAACUCAGACGACUUCGGGUACCGAGGCCAGUGGAGGUGUGGUUGAAUUUGGCUUCAUCUUAUGCUUCCUUGGGAGAUGGGGAACAGGAGGUGUUUUUGGCAAAAAUAAUCACUGGGUAAAUACCCUCAGUACACCGUGCUCUAGCAGGUCUAUGUCUGUCUGCAAGUUAUUUAGUGGGUGAAUAGAGCUAGAACAGAAUUGUUUUGGUGUUGAUUUCCUUCUACCCCAGAAAUGCCUUUGGAGAACAGUACCAUUCCCUGAGCCUGGCUGUGACAGCUAUUCUUAGGGUAGCUGUCUGUAAGUUGGAAAACAUCAAACUGAACCUGGGAGGCCAAGGGAGCUCAAUGACAUGGUCAUCCUGGGUGGUUGGGGUGGACAGGAUGAACAGAGGGAAUCAUACAGCUCUGGUAGCCAGGUCAGGACCUGAAUUGAAGUGAUCUUCCCUUUGAGCUGCAGCUUCUCUUCUCCCUUCCCCUGGGCAGGAUGUUUAUGGCACAAAGGAAACGCAACAGGUUUUAAAAAAAUAAAUCCUGUAAAAACCUU